AUGGAAUCAGACCCUCCCCUCCCCGUCCCGAUCUCGUAUAUCGCGGGUAGCUACUUUCUCUUCUCCAUUGAUGCCGUCACGUAUCUGAGACGCGAGCACCACAUCUGCGGCGUGCUCACCGGCACCCUGCCGCAGAUCCCCCAGCAGAAUGUGUUUCUGGGGUUGCCGCUGAAGCUGAUGCCCGAGGAGGCGCGGCUGCUGGUGGACAACGGUGUAGCAUGCAUUGUAGACGAGGUAAAAGCCCAGCGCGAGGGCAUGCGCGCCCUCCGCGAGGCCGACCGCCAGAAGUAUCGCCGCGAGCUAGAAUCCCAGGGCGCCCACGCCAUGCGGCUGCAGACCAACCGCAAGGAGCAGCAGCGCGAGGAGGCGCUGAAGCGGGUAGAAGCGAAGAAGACGGCCGCUAAGAAGAAGGCUGCUGCUGCUGCUGCUGCCGCCGCCGCCGCCGCCGCCGUGGGCGAGGGUGAGGAUAAUAGUGCUGCUACAGGGAGCGAUGAGCCCGCAGCCCCAGAUACUGCUCCAGCUCCAGCUGAAGAUACCCUAAUGGCUGCCACGACCACCUCGAUAACAUCCACAUCCACGCCCACAACCACCACCACCACCGCCCCCUACGGCACAACAAUGGGCAUCACCCCCGCCACCUCCCACCCACCACUCCCGUACACACCCUCACCCUCCUCCUCAACCGUGCUCCCCCCGCCCACCGUGCCCCCCUCCUACCCGCUCUUCGCCCACCUCCACGCAGAGGGGUACUACCUCUCGCCCGGCCUGCGCUUCGGGUGCCAGUACCUGGCGUACCCCGGCGACCCGCUGCGGUUCCACUCGCACUUCCUGGUGGUCGGGGCCGACUGGGACGAGGAGCUGGAUCUGAUGGCGGUCGUGGCCGGCGGACGGCUGGGCACGGGCGUCAAGAAGGGGUUUCUGAUCGGCGGGGCGGCGGAUGAGUCUGGUCUGGGGGAUGCGGGGAGUGUACGGACGUUCAGUGUGGAGUGGGCUGGGAUGUGAACUCUUGGUAGUGGUGUUGAUAUUGUGGAGGGUUUACGGUUCGAUACUGAUAUGUAUUGAUGUGGAUGCUUAUGGUGGCUUGGUUGCAUGCGCCUGUCUCUUGUGAGGAAUGGGGUGAGGUUAGAGCUUGUGCUGCGCUGCGCCGUUGUCUGUCCGCUUCGAGUUGAUUACUUCCUCCUGGUGAUGGGUGAUGGACUUCUCUCGGGGGGUAGAGAUAUGCGGUGCAGCGGGAAUGCAGUAGCAGAAAUGCAUAUGGACUGUCUUGCUAUGCCGCUAGGGCGGCUGGGUUUGUCGUCUGCGGGUUGAUCCUGCGCAGAGUCGUCUCAUUAUGCUCUAUCUAGGGUGCUUAGGUGCCUGGCUGAAUUGAGAUGGAGCUGAGUCGGCUAAGAGACAAGCUAUGCUCGACCAAAGAUAGUGCUCGAUGUGAGCUACAUUGAACAUGAAUGAAC